UCUGUUUUUCGUACCGAGGGAAGAACGAGCGUCUUCUUGGUGUACGCGCGACUGUAAAUUUCUUCUCUUCUUUUUUUUUUCGCGUGCGUACAAUGGAUUGUUUUCUUUUUUUUACUCGGUGGUGAUGUGAGAGAUAACGGGGAUGUGGAAAACUAGGGUUGGCGAUCGGUAAACUAGCUUUUUGGAUGAAACAGUUCAUUGCCGCGAGAAGGGAUAUGUACUCCUAGCGCAAUCAUGUACCGAGGAGCACAGUAUGAGCCCGGCGCUGGGCCUCGUCGUCCAAGGUCCACGCAAGGCUUGCCCGGAGGUCCAGCCUCGUUCACGUACCAGCAGCACCAGCUCUACCAUUACUUCACCGGCUCGGGCGGGGCCAGUCCGUCCUCGUCGAGCACCAGCCGGCUCGAGCUUUACCACGCCAACAAAAGCACCGACCGCGGCGACCCGUACUCCCGGGUACACAGGAGAAUGACGCAGAGGGAGGACGCGCUCAAGUUCGAGCAGAGCCGUAUCAAGUCGCUACAGGAGGAACGGCUGCUCAUACAGAAGAAGACCUUCACCAAAUGGAUCAAUUCAUUUUUGCUCAAGGCGCGCAUGGAGUUGGAGGACCUGUUCACGGAUCUCGCCGACGGUAAGAAGCUGCUGAAAUUACUGGAGAUUAUAUCGGGCGAGCGACUCGCCAAGCCCAACAAUGGCCGGAUGCGCGUCCACAAGAUCGAAAAUGUCAACAAAUCCCUGGCGUUUUUACACACAAAGGUCCGACUGGAGAGUAUCGGUGCGGAGGACAUAGUCGACGGCAACCCGCGCCUGAUUCUCGGCCUCAUAUGGACGAUUAUCCUGCGCUUCCAGAUCCAGGAGAUCGAGAUCGACGUGGACGAGGAAAACGAGAGCAGCGAAAAGAAAUCGGCCAAGGACGCCCUUUUGCUCUGGUGUCAGAGGAAAACAAACGGCUAUCCUGGAGUCAACAUUCAAGACUUUACCGUAUCAUGGCGAAGCGGCUUGGGUUUCAACGCCCUGAUCCACUCGCACCGGCCGGAUCUGAUCAACUGGUCGGAUCUGCAGCAAACCCGGCACAUCGACAAUCUAAACUAUGCCUUCGACGUGGCAAACUCCGAGCUGGGCAUACCACGGCUGCUCGACGCCGAAGACGUCGACACGGCCAGGCCCGACGAGAAAUCCAUCAUGACGUACGUCGCCUCGUACUACCACACGUUCGCCAGAAUGAAGAACGAAAUCAAGAGCGGCAAGAGGAUCGCCAAUAUUGUCGGCCAAAUGAUGGACGCCGACAAGAUGAAGGUCCACUACGGCAAACUGACCGCCGAGCUGCUCGAGUGGAUCAAGCUCAAGAUGAUCGAGCUCGAGGACCGCAACUUCCCGAAUUCCCUGGAGGGCAUACAGCGCGAGCUGCUGGCGUUCAAGCAGUACCGCACGAUCGAGAAGCCGCCCAAGUACAAGGAGCGCUCGGAAAUCGAGGCCCUCUACUUCCACAUCAACACGCGUCUCAAGUCGCUCAACCAGCCGGCUUUUGUCCCCCAGGAAGGCCAGCUGGUCAACGACAUCGAGCGCAAGUGGAUCGAGCUCGAGCGAGCCGAGCACAGGCGUGAAGUGGCGUUGCGCAGCGAACUGUUGCGACAGGAGAGACUCGAGCAGCUCAACUACAAGUUCGAGCGGAAAAGCGUGCUCCGCGAGGGCUACCUCAAGGAAAUGAUUCAGGUGCUGUCGGACCCGCGUUACGGCAGCAAUCUCGCGCAGGUCGAUGCCACAGUCAAGAAGCACGAGGCCAUCAGCGCCGACAUCCUGGCGCGCGAGGAGCGCUUCCACGAUCUGACCAACAUGUCCGAGGAGCUGGUGCGCGAGAACUACCACGGCCUGGAACGCGUGAGGACGAGGGAGCAGCAGGUGCUCCAGCGCUGGCGCGAGCUUCUGGGACUCUUGGACCGGCACAAGGCCAAUCUGUCGGCGCUGUGCGCCCUCAUGAGCCUCAUGCGGGAGAUCGAGACGACCCUCGCGAGCGUCCAGGAGCUCCAACUAAGCUUCCAGAGCACCGAGGUCGGGCCUCACCUACUCGGCGUCGAGGAUCUGCUUCAGAGGCACAGUCUGCAGGAGCUGCAGGUCACCGCGCUCGGUGAGAGUCAGCGCAGACUCGUCCGACAGGCGGCUCAGGUGCAGACUCAGGUCGCGGCUCAGGCGCAGCAGCCGGCCACCGCUCAGGCGCAAGGAGCGCCAGUCAUCAGUAAGGAGGCCGCGCUACUCGAAGCCAAGCUCGAGCAGCUCAACAAGGCCUACGGCCAACUGGGCGAGUACAGCAAGGAGCGCAAGGCAAGGCUGGAGGACGCGCGUAACUUUUUCCAGUUCCUGCAGGAUCACGAGGACGAGGAGUCCUGGCUGGUGGAUCGGCAGCGAAUCUGCCGAGCGGGAAUACUGGCCAAGGACCUGAGAGCUCUGAUAUCGCUUCAGCAGAAGCACAAAGCCCUCGAGGACGAGACGAAAACGCGCAAACCCAAGUCCGAGCAGCUCUCCCAGGCCGGCAAGAGACUGGUCCAGGAGCAGCACCCAUCGGCCUCGGAGAUCGAGAACAGGCUAGAGUCGUUGCAGGAGCACUGGCGCGUUCUCGAGGAACUAUUGGCUCUAAGAAAGAAACAGCUGGAGGAGGCUUCCGAAGCUCUGCAGUUCUGCGCAGAUGCGAACGAGGCGGACUCGUGGAUGAAGGAGAAAAUGGCCCUCGUGGCCUCCGAAGACUACGGUGUGGACGAACCCUCGGCCCAGGCUCUCUUGCAGCGGCACAAGGACCUCGAAGGCGAACUCAACGCUUACCAGGGUGACCUGCAAUCGUUAAACACCCAGGCAGAUCGGCUGCAGCGCGCUGGCGUGUCCGCCCUUCACCUGGAUCAAGCGCAGACGGGUGAGAACGAUCAGGCCGAGCCUCUAGCGGAGCUCGAACAGGACGAAUGGACGCAAGAAGUGAGAUUAGUACCGCAAGACGAGUGGGUCGAGGAGGUGGUCGAGCGCAACGAGCCGCGAGUCGUUCUCGAGGACAGACUCGUCCCGCAAGUCAGGAGCCUGUACCCGUUCAGCGGACAGGGCAUGGCUAUGGGCAAGGGCGAGAUAAUGCUUCUGCUGAACAAGACCAAUCCGGACUGGUGGAGCGUGCGAAAGGCCGACGGCUCGGAUGGCUUUGUGCCUGCCACCUACGUGCGCGAAAUCGAGCCGAAGGUCAUUCAAGUGCAGGUGCGCAAACUCGAGCGCGUCCAGGCCAAACAGCGAGUCAAGAAAACGCGAAUGGUGAGAAAGGUCGUACCGAUACGGCGUACCAAGUCGAUUAGAUCAGCGGUCAAACCCGCCCAUCGCAAGCCGGCCGCCAACGACGCCGACAACCUCGAGAAGCGCAUGAAAAUGAUCAACGACACGUACGCCCGGCUGCAGGAGCUGGCAAAGUCCCGGCACGCCCUGCUCGAGGACGCGAUCAGACUGUACGGCUUCUAUCGGGAGUGCGACGAUUUUGAAAAGUGGAUCAAGGAUCGGGAAAAGAUGCUCAAGGCCGACGACUCGCGCGACAACGUCGAGGCAGCCAAGCGCAAGUACGAAAAGUUUCUCACCGACCUGUCCGCCUCGGGCAAGCGCGUCGAGGCUAUCGACGCGGCCGUCAACGACUUUGUCAAACAGGGCCAUAGCCAGCUGGACAAGGUCAGGGCCAGGCAGAGGCACAUUCACCAGCUCUGGGACCAUCUCAAUUGGCUGAAGGCGCAGAAGGAAAAGAGCCUCGAGGGCGCUUCGAGUGUCGAGCUGUUUAACCGGACGUGCGACGAAGCCCACGAUUGGAUGCUCGAGAAGAUCACGCAACUCGACACCGCGGAAAUCGGGCCGGAUCUCAAGACAGUUCAAGCUCUCCAGAGGCGGCACCAGCACCUCGAGCGUGAGCUCGCUCCUGUCGAGGAGAAGGUUCGCAAGGUCAACUUAUUGGCCAACAGUGUCAAGAAUACAUAUCCCAACGAGCUAAACAACGUUAACGCGAGGCAAAACGAGGUUCGCGACAUUUGGAACAAGGUGCAGAACAAGGCCUUGGAGAGACGUUCGAGGCUGGAGGAUGCCGUGGGCCAACAGAUCUUUAUGAACAGUUCGAAGAAUCUGAUCAACUGGGCGACGGAGGCACACGAGAUCAUGAAAGCCGAGGAACCGGUGAGGGACAUUGCCACAGCGGAAAGGCUUAAGAAACAGCACGUGGAACUCGGAGAGGAGGUCAAAACGAAGGAGGACGAAUUUAGAGAAGUUGAAGCUCUCGGAAGUCAGUUGUUGCUGCGAAACCCAUCACUUUCCGAAGUUAAAGAGCGACACGACAAACUUCGUGGUUUGUAUGAUUCCGUGAAAUCGAUUUGGCAAGCUAAGCAAGCUUGGCUCGGACAGUGCCUCGAACUGCAACAGUUUAACAGGGAAGCCGAUCAGAUCGACGCUACGACUAGCUCCCACGCAGCUUUCCUCGAGUUCGGCGAUCUCGGGGAGUCGCUCGAUGACGUUGAAGCUUUGCUGAAGCAGCACGAAAAAUUCGAAAAUACCCUGAGCGCGCAGGACGAUCGGUUGAAGAUCUUCAGCGAAGUGGCCGAGAAGCUUAUUGCACAGAAUCACUAUGACAAAAACAAUAUCUACGAAAAGAGAAAUCAAGUGCUUGCACGCCGCGCAGCUGUCAAAGAGACAGCUCAGCGCCGAAGAGCUGCUCUAAAAGCAUCAGAGUAUUAUCAGCAGUUCUCCGCCGAGGUAGAUGAUCUGAAGGACUGGUUGAGUGACAAAAUGAAAACAGCGUCUGACGAGACUUACAGAGACUUGAACAAUUUGGAACGAAAGCUUCAGAAACACGAAGCUUUUGAACGAGAACUGAGAGCUAAUGAAGGUCAGCUAAGGACUGUAAACAAAGCCGGAAAAGCUUUGAUUUCCGAGGAAAACUACAGAGCCGAAGAUGUUGGAAAGAUUUUGAAAGACUUGAAUGAGCAGUGGGAUCAGCUGGUCGUUCGAUCGUUAGAAAAAGGAAGGAGGCUGCGACAAGCGGCUGCUCAACAUGGGUACAAUCGCGUUAUAGAGGAUGCUCGUCUAGAUCUGGGAGAGAUCGAGAACGCCAUGGCAAGCAAGCAAGUGGGCAAAGAUUUACGCAGCUGCAAGGAUCUCUUGAAAAAACACCAACUUUUAGAGACUAAACUCAUGCAGUGGGAACAAAAGGUCAACGAUCUCGUGACGAUGGGCCAGGAAAUGGUUCACGAGGGCCACUUCGAUGCUCCUAAUAUUUUGAAAACUAGUCAAGCUACACAAAAAAAAUUCCAGAGUCUGAAGGAGCCGGCAAAAAAACGUCUCGAGGCGCUGGAAGAAAGCUUGCGAUUCCACAAAUUCGGCUUUGAGUUGGAUGCGGAAUUACAGUGGAUAAAUGAUCACUUGCCUCAAGCCUCCUCCGCUAUGAUGGGUCAGAACUUGCACCAGGCGCAAUCUCUCCACAAAAAGCACAAAAAAUUCGAAGCUGAGAUAAUGGGACAUGAGCCAAUGAUCAUGAAAACUCUUGCAUCUGGUCAAAAUCUGAUCGAUCAAGUGCAUCCUGAACGAAAUAAGAUUCAAGAGCUGUGCGACAACUUGAACGAUGCAUGGCAAAAUCUUCAAGAGAAGGCAACGGAGCGAAGUCACGCUCUCGAUUUGUCCCUGAAAGCUCAAGAAUUUUUCUUCGAGGCUGGAGAAGUGGAAAGUUGGCUCGUCGAAAAGAACGAUGUACUAAGCUCUACCGACUAUGGACGCGAUCGCGAUGCAGCCACAAAAUUACUUACCAAACAUAAAGCUUUGGAACUCGAGUUAGACACCUACAAUGGCAUUGUCACGGAAAUGGGCAAUACCGCCGCUACGAUGAUUAAUGCCAAACAUCCCGACAGCAAGUCUAUUGCUAACAAACAACAGGCAAUCGCUCAGCAAGUUCGAUCUCUGCAACGCCUAGCUGCUCAAAGACAGCAACGGCUGAUGGAAAGUAUGUACAGACACGAGUACUUCCUCGAAAGCCGAGAGCUCGAGCAGUGGAUCAAAGAACAAGAGCAAACAGCUGCCUCCGAAGAUUAUGGCCAGGACUACGAACACUUGUUGCUCCUCCAGGGCAAGUUCAACGAUUUCAAGCACAGAAUCGAGGCUGGCUCGGAAAGAUUCAAUCAGUGCCAGGUUCUUGCGAAAAAGCUCAUUGCCAAUGAAAGCCCGUACAUCCAGGAUAUUGAGAAGAGACAAGAGCAGCUUGGAAAAGAUGAAGAUGAUCCAGUACUCGAGGUGGCACAAUUGCAUGCAUCAGUAUGCGAGUCUUGGCAGCAUCUGCUAAAACUUGUGCGCAACCGAGAACAACGUCUGCAAGCGGCUGGUGAAAUUCACCGAUUCCACCGAGACGUUGCAGAGGCCCUGUCGCGCAUUCAAGAGAAGAAAGCCGCUCUUCCAGACGAUCUCGGCCGAGACCUCAACUCAGUAUUGGCUUUGAUUCGCCGGCACGAAGGUUUUGAAAAUGACCUGGUCGCCCUGGAGGCACAACUUCAGGUGCUGGUCGAAGACUCGGCCAGGCUACAAGCUCUCUAUCCGGGUAACAACGCUGUACACAUAGAUCAGCAGCAAAAGAUCGUUUUGGCUAACUGGGAAGAGCUCAAGGAACAGUCGGCCCACCGGCGUGAUCAGCUGCAGGCUAGCUGCGAUCUUCAAAGAUUUUUGACUCAGGUCCGAGAUCUGAUGAACUGGACAGCUGGAUUAUGCGCAACCAUGUCGACACAGGAUAACGUUCGCGAUGCCGCUAGUGCACAAAAUUUGAAAGCCGAGCAUGAAGCUCUGAAAGGAGAAAUCGAGGCUCGAGAAGACACUUUCAGUUCUGUCCUAGAUCUUGGCGAAGCUAUGGUUCAAACUGGCCAUUAUGCAGCUAGUGAGGUCGAAGAAAAAUGCAGCCAACUAUUGGAUGACAGGCAAAAAUUACACACCGCUUGGCAGCAGAAAAAGAUCCAUUUGGACCAGUUGAUUGAUUUACAUUUCUUUUUGCGCGAUGCCAAGCAGCUGGACAACUUGUCGAUAUCACAGACAGCUGCAUUGAACAACGACAUCGGUAUGUCGGUGGAAGAGAUCGACGCCCAAAUAAAAAAACAAAAGGGCCUGGAAAAACUACUCUACACGCAAGAAGAGAAAUUCACUGCUCUGCGAGAACACGGGCACAAGCUGCUGUCCCAAAAUCACUUUGAGUCGCGCACCAUAUCAAAGCGCCUUGACGAGGUUUUCCAAAAACGAGCACGUGUCUGGGAAUUGGCUGGACAUCGCAGAGUGCGGUUAGAGGCUGAUUUGAUGCACGCACAGUUUGUCAGAGACGUGGCCGAAGCUGAGACUUGGAUUGGCGAGAAACAGAAGAAACUUGAAGCUGAGGCAACAAAGGGUCAAGUCUCAAGCCUCGAAGACAAGAUCAAAAAGCUUCAGAAGCACCAAGCCUUCCAAGCCGAGUUAGCCGCCAACCAAAGCAGAAUCGAGGAAAUCAAGGUCAAUAGUGAGACGCUGCUGACAAAAAAGCAUCCAGCCAGCGGUGAAAUUCGCCAACAACUAGAUAAUUUGCUCUCGUCCUGGAAUAAACUAUUAAUCGAGUCCGAAAAUCGCGGCAGGGGAUUGGAGGAGGCACAAGAUAUCCUCGACUUUAACAAUCAAGUCGAGAAGAUCAAAGCCUGGAUCCGCGACAAAGAGAUGAUGGUCCAGGCUGGUGGUACUGGUAAAGAUUACGAGCACUGUUUGAGCUUGCAGCGCAAGCUCGACGACGUCGACAGCGAUAUGCGAGUCGACGAGUCUAGAAUGGAGUCGCUCAACGCUUUGGCCGACAAAUUGAUCAAACAGGGCGAAGAUGAAGAAACCAAAACGAUUCAACAGCGCUGGGACACCUUGAACAACAAAUGGCGAGGCCUACAAGGAGACCUCGGAGCGUAUCGUGAGACUCUAGCUGGAGCUUUGGAAAUCCACCUGUUCAACCGUGACAUCGACGAUACCAAUCAGAGAGUCGUGGAAAAAUCACUGGCCAUGAAUACAAACGACGCUGGGAAGGAUUUGGCUGGCGUCGAGCACUUGCAGAGAAAGCAGGAGGCCAUGGAGAGAGAUAUGACGGCCAUCGAAGGAAAACUAAAGGAACACCAAACUGAAGCGCACAAGCUUUCGCAGAAAUAUCCCGACAACGCUGCCCAAAUAAGCGGAAUGCUCUCGGAACUCGAGACCAAUUGGAACGAGUUGCAGCGCUUGACCAGUGAAAGGCGUGAAAACCUUGGCCAAGCUUACGAGCUCCACAAAUUCCGAGCAGAGCUGCGAGAAUUGGAAACGUGGGUGGCAGAAACUACCAAGCGAAUGAGCGAGGCAGAAUCGCCGGCAACUAUCCUAGAAGCCGAAGCUCUAUUGGAACUCCAUCAGGAAAGAAAGGCAGAGAUCGAUGGUCGUCAGGACACCUUCAAAGCCUUGGGAGACCAUGGCCGAAAAUUGAUUCCGGUGCAGGGUGAGUGCAUGCAAGAGAGCUUGCAUCAUUUGGAAAAUUUGCACCUGGAGCUCAAUGAAGCCUGGCAUUCUGGUAAAAGGAAACUCAAGCAGGCCCAUCAGUUGCAACUGUUCAAAGAACAAGCUAAUCAAGCCGACAGCUGGCUCGCGACGAAAGAAGCCUUUUUGAACAACGACGAUCUCGGAGACUCGCUGUCCAGCGUAGAAAAGCUCAUGCGCAAGCACGAGGACUUUGAAAAAAUGUUAACCUCCCAAUUGGGUCGCAUAGAAGAGCUGGAGAAAUUCGCCAACGUCAUUCUUUCCGAGGACCACGCCGAUGCGGAGAGUAUCAAGUCUCGUCUAACCGAUGUAUCCUCGCGAAGAGACAAAUUGAAGAGUAGUGCGGCCAGCCGACGAAGCAGGUUAUUAGAAAGCCGGCGACUGCAUCAGUUCUUGAGGAACGUCGUGGAAGUUGAGAGCUGGCUCCAUGAGAAACAGCAGGUGGCUAGCGACGAGAGUUACAGGGACUCGACGAAUUUACAGAGCAAAAUCCAGAAGCACGCGGCGUUCGAGAGCGAACUAGCAGCCAACAAGGGUAGAGUGUCCGCUGUCACCAGCGAAGGCGAGGCACUCGUCAAAGAGGACCACUUUGCUUCCAAGGAAAUUCAAGAGCGAGUCAACGAACUUGACGCGGAAUGGGAACUGUUGCAGGAAACCAGCAAACUUAAGAAAAAUCGUCUUGACGACGCGUACCAGGCACUCCUGUUCAACCGUACCCUGGAUGAAUUUGAAGCUUGGAUGGACGAGAUCGAGACGCAAUUGCAGUCCGAGGAUCACGGCAAGGACCUCUCGAGCGUUGCUAACCUCUUGAAGAGACAUACGAAUCUGGAGAACGACGUUAUGAGCCAUAACGAGGCCUGCGAGUCGAUGAAAGAGACCGCGGCCAAUUUCCAACGUGCCAAACACUUUAUGAGUGAAGAGAUCCAAGAGAGGGCCUCUGCCAUUAUCAACAGAUACCACGGCUUGCAGGAGCCAAUACAGAUACGCAGGGACAACCUCGAGGACGCCAAACUGCUGCAUCAGUUCGCUCGGGACGUCGAAGACGAGCUUCACUGGCUGUCCGAAAAAGAGGUGUUGGCAGGUAGCAAAGACCUGGGUAGCUCGUUGACGACGGUGCAACGACUACAGAAGAAACACCACGCACUAGAAGCUGAGCUAAUAUCGCGCGAACCGGUUGUUUCGUCGUUGGCGAGCAGGGCCACCGCCAUGGUGAGGAGUGGCCACUUUGCCUCGGAAAAAAUUGACGCCCUGUCUCGUGAACUUCAGGAGAAAUUGAUACACUUGCGAGAUCUAGCUAGCAACAGAAAGCUCAGGCUGCUCGAUGCCGUUGAAUCCCAGAUGUUUUAUGCCGAAGCUGCCGAGGCUGAGCAGUGGAUCAAAGAAAAGCAGCCGCUACUCACUUCGAUGGAUUACGGGAAAGACGAGGACUCGGUUCAGUCGUUGUUCAAGAAACUGGAAGGCGUUGAACGCGAUCUGUGCGGCUUCACGAGUACCAUAGAAAAUCUAAAAAAAUUGUCGAAAGGCUUGAUCGAGAGGCAUCACUUUGACAGUAAGAACAUUGCGUACAAGCAGUCGGAGAUCGAGCACAAAUUCGAAGACCUGCAGAACUUGAAGGAGAAACGGUCCCAGAGGCUACUUGAGAGCGAAAAGUAUCACAGAUUCAUUCAGCAGGCCGACCAGGUCAUCGAAUGGAUCGGCGAUCAGACGACGAUUGCAGCCUCCGAGGAUUACGGUGCCGACGUCGAGCACGUCGAGCUGCUGAUUCAAAUGUUCGACAACUUCCUCUCGAGCUUGAUUAGCAGCGAAAACCGAAUGACCGGAAUAAUUGAUGCCGGACAGAAGCUGAUAGAAGAAAAAAAUCCGGAAUCAAGCAAAAUCCACAUGAAGAUCGACGAGACGAAGCAGCAGUGGGAGGACCUCAAAGAACUGGCCCACGCACGACAGGAAGCGCUAGCCGGAGCCAAGCAGGUGCACAUGUUUGAUCGCACGGCCGACGAGACCAUCUCCUGGAUUCAGGAGAAGGAAGCCACCCUUGGCUCCGAUCACGAGUACGCUCACGAUCUGGAGACCAUACAGGCUCUCGUUCGAAAACACCAGGGCUUGGAUACCGACUUAAAGGCAGUGAAAGAGCAAGUUGACUCGGUCAUGGAAGAAGCGUCACGAUUGGCCGGGUUGUUCCCGGACGCAACGGAACACAUAGCCGUCAAACACGAGCAGGUGGACGAGGCGUGGAGCGAUCUGCUGGAAAAGGCCGCACAACGCAAGAGUAAGCUCGUCCAAGCCGAACAGCUGCAGGCGUACUUUGACGAGUACCGCGACCUCAUCUCCUGGAUCAACGAGAUGGUGGCAAAAAUCACAGCUCCAGAGCUUGCGCGCGACGUGCCGGGCGCCGAGGCUCUGAUCAGCCGGCACAGCGAGUACCGUGCCGAGAUCGACGCCCACGAUGAUGCCUUUGCCAAAUUCUACGAGGCUGGACAGAAACUCGUGCAGCAGGGGCACUUCCUUGCCAAAGAGAUUCAAGAGAAGGUCUCGGUUCUCAAACAAAGGAGCCAGACUCUCGAAGAGACCUGGGAACGCAGGAAACUCAUUUACGAGCAGAAUCUUGAUACGCAAACGUUCAAGCGCGACGCCGAGACGCUGGAGAACUGGCUCGUAAGCCGAGAGCCCAUGCUCAAGGACGAACAGCUCGGAGAGUCCAUCCAGCAGGUCGAGGAGCUCAUCAUGAAGCACCAAGACUUUGAGAAGACAGUUGAGGCUCAAGAGGACAAGUUUAAUGCGAUCAAGCGUAUCACGAUGCUAGAGAGGGCCUUCCAGAAACAGCUUGAGUCUGAAAUGGCAGCCCGACAGGCGGAAAAGGAGCGCACCGAAAGGGCACGCCUCGAGGAGCGCAAACGCAAGGAAGUGCAGAGAAUUACCGAGGAGCGGAAACGAGAAGAGGAGCGCAGGCGAUACGUCGAAAGCCCGCGACACGCAUCCAGGAACGAGAUGAACGGCACGUACGACCACGAUCCGUCGAUGGACGGUUCGCCCUCGCCAGUAAAGAGUGAAGCCAGCGAUAGUUCACAAAACACCACGCCCAGCAAGUCAUACGGUGGCCUUCAUCACAUGCUUAGCGACAGGCUUCGCAGAACGUCCGCCGCCGACAUCAAGCGCGCCGAGAGCAUGAAAGUGGACACCAAGAAACCAAGAAGAACGCCAAGCUUUACCACGAGGAGGAGAACGCAGAGCUUUAGGAAGCACCAGAGGAUAGAGAAUGUGGAUUCUCUGCCACCGGUCGAGAUCCAGGGUGUACUGGAAAGAAAGCACGAGCUCCAAAGUGGCGGCAAGAAAGCUGCCGUUCGUUCGUGGAAACCUUAUUACACUGUUUUAUGUGGUCAGCUGUUGUGCUUCUUCAAAGACAUCGAUGACUUCCAGUCUAGCAAAGCGGCCACUGCUCCAAUCAAUAUUUUUAACGCGACUUGCGAAAAGGCUGAUGAUUACACCAAACGGAAGAAUGUAUUUAGGCUGAGGUGUACGGAUGGCUCGGAAUUUCUGUUCCUGUCGUCCAACAAACAGGACAUGGAAGAUUGGGUGAACAAAAUCUCCUUCCACGCAAAAUUACCGCCAAGCCUGCAACUCAUGAGUUACGAUGAUUCGCACAAGGAUGGCGUACACAACUUGACUCCAGAUCACGCAGAAGACACUUUAUCGACUGGCAGUAGUCACGCUUCGACACCCGAAAUGGAGCGCAAGAAUUCUGUGAUUAGACGCGAUAUGCCAACGAGUCCCAACAAGCCUCCAACCGACUAUUCUCCUCAACAUCAACAUCAUCACCAGCAGUCAAUCAGCAAAAAACGCAUAGAAGCCAGCAGAAAUUCCGACAUGUCGAGACUACCUCCCGAUACUCAGCCGCAAAAAGAAUUCUUGCAGAUGUACAUGCAGCAGCAACAGCAUCAUCACCAUACGGUACAGAAACCGGUUCAACAGCAGUCGAGACAGCAUGAUCAAUUCGUUCAGAGAGAACAGCAAUACAUGACUCAUCCGAGCGACAAACCACCUAUACCCCCAAGAGGAGCUCCUCCGCCAGUUCCAACAAGAUCACCAAGUUUCGACGGUUCAGUUCCGAUCAGACGAAAUGAUGUAGAACACUAUGGGCAGCAAUCGAGGCCACAAUCUUAUCAGCCACCAAGUGGAAACGUCAGUGUAAACGGUACCUCUGGUCAAUAUAACAAAAAUGACGGUGGUUGGCAUCACUAUCAACAACAAGGUAUACGCACUGCCAAAAUAGUGCCUCCUCUACCGACUACAGCUCCGCCUUCCUCGAACAAAAAUGCACAUUGGAAUAGUGCACAUGAUAAUGCAUAUGGAAACAUACCAGUUAAUACGAGACAAGUAUCUCCACAACAACACCAAAUGAACACGUAUGCCAAUAGACCGACCUCGCUACCUCCCUAUGUCCCUCCACCUAUGGCAUCUUCUCCCACGACGCCCGCGAAUAUAUCAGUGGUCGAUGGUAGCGGCAGGCGAGCCUCGGAAAGUGGCUCAGAAAGUGAGCACAGCUUCAGUGGAUCACGUAAAGAUCGCGACUACAAGAAAAGUUCUGUUCUGAGCAAUCUAUUUGGCAGACGCAAAAAGCCUUCGCAACAGUAAUCGCGCGCAUACUCGGUGAAUACCGAGAAUAUAUUUUUUUUAUGAAAUGUACUAUUUGUUUAAGUAUUUUUGUUAGAUUCUCAGGUUAUACUCAUUGUUUAUAAAUGCCUUGACCAUGGCUUGAACGUUUUCAAGUUAUGUGAAUAAUCAUUGAAUGAAUUUUUUUUUUUAUUCACUAUUUUUGUUGAAUAGUUGUUGCGAAUGAUCGCAAGUUAUAAAAAAACUUUUUAAAAAUUUAGAAAUCAGUAUCUUGAGUCUGGUACCAAGAAAAAGAGAAGUGAUCAAAGUUACAGAACAACCACUACUUUAGCCUGUCAAGCCAGAAGAAUCAGAAUCAAUCAGCAAUCAUUGAAUGGUAUAUGUGGUACAAAACGUAUAUUCUGACUUGAGAUGUACCUGACCAUGUAAUUGAAAAAACGAGUAAGAUUGUAAACUCGACAGUAGCGCAGAGAUUUGUGUUUAUUUUGUAGAUUAUUUAAUUAUAUAUAUGUUGAAAAGAGUGUUAAAAAAAUAUUGUAUAUUCACAUUCUACUAUUCCGAAUCAAUAAUGUAUUAAGAUAUACGAAAUGAAAACUUAUUCAUAUUGUAGUUUUUAAAUAUGAAAAAAGCUUUCUUUUUUGUAAGAAUAAAACAUCACUGUAAAGUUAUAUGCUUAAUAAUUACCCAUGUCUUUUUGAAAUUUUUUUUUAUUGUACUAUGCUUUAGUGUUGUAAAACUAAUAUACUGUAAUCAAGUCUAAUUAAUAAAGACGCGACUGAUUUAAUUU